AUGUACUGCUCGGCGAUAUUUCACAAGGUCGACUUUGACAACUGCCGUGUUUGUGCUGGUGAACAUACGAUGACAGAAAGACGUCUUCGGUACUUGAGCAGCACUUGUCACGAGUUUGGCAAAUGUGGCGUGGUCUGGAAGGUGUUCUACUGCACAGCUCAGGACAAGUGGCAGUUAACUGUAAACGAGCAGGCACAUGCCCGUGGUGUUCUUCCCUGUACUGCUGAGCAUCGGCCAGUUGUGACUCAGCCGAUGAAAGCAGAUAUCGCGGCACAAGACGAGAUUGGGAACGCCCCACGUAUUAUUCUGGCACAUCUCAAGAAGCAAGCAAAUAUCAAACCAUCUAAAGGCGGAUGGCCAGAGCUCUCCCAGAUUCAAAAUGCGCUGAAAGUUCACCGGCGUUCGAAGGGCACCAAGAAUUCAAUUAAGGCAUGGAUGAAAUGGCUCGCGCUCGCCGCUACAAUCCAGAACUUCAGCCAGAUUCCGCUUUUCUGUUUGGAUCUAAGUUGGGCACGGAUGGCUUUGUUUAUGUGGGGUCCGGCGAGGACGACGCUCCUUUCAUUAUUGGGGUGA